AUGAGAGGUGGUGGUGGUGGUGGAUGCAGCAUAGUGUGGUUCAGAAGAGAUCUGAGGGUAGAGGACAACCCUGCACUGGCGGCAGGUGUAAGAGCUGGUGCCGUGGUUCCAGUUUUCAUAUGGGCACCUGAAGAAGAAGGCCAGUACUACCCUGGUAGAGUCUCCAGGUGGUGGCUCAAACAAAGUUUGGCUCAUCUUGAUUCUUCUCUCAGGAAUCUUGGCACUCCUCUCAUCACUAAGCGAUCCACUGAUACUGUUUCUUCUCUCCUUGAGUUUGUUAAGUCAACUGGAGCUACUCAACUCUUUUUUAACCAUUUAUAUGAUCCCCUUUCACUUGUAAGGGAUCACCGAGCUAAAGAGGUUCUGAAUGCUCAGGGCAUAACAGUACGUUCCUUCAACGCGGAUUUACUGUAUGAACCGUGGGAUGUGAAUGAUGUCCAUGGUCGACCAUUCACAACUUUUGCUGCUUUCUGGGACAGAUGUCUAAGCAUGCCUUACGACCCCGAGUCACCUCUUCUCCCACCCAAAAGGAUAAUUCCAGAUAGUCUUAAGGAGGUAGUGGUUUUAACCUCAACCAAUAUGGAAGAGGACAUGUGGUUAAUAAAAGUAUUCCGGGGUAGUGGUGAUGUGUCGAGAUGUCCAUGUGAUGCAUUGGUGUUUGAAGAUGAAUCAGAGAAGGCAAGCAAUGCACUUCUUGCUCGAGCAUGGUCACCGGGGUGGAGCAAUGCUAACAAUGCAUUGACCGCUUUCAUAAAUGGUCCAUUGAUAGAGUACGCAGUAAAUUGCAGGAAGGCUGAUAGUGCCACUACCUCACUUCUCUCACCCCGUUUGCACUUUGGUGAGUUGAGUGUCAAGAAGGUCUUCCAUCUUGUCCGCAUCAAACAACUUUUGUGGGCCAACGAAGGAAACAAAGCCAGUGAAGAGAGUGUGAACUUGUUCCUUAAAUCUAUUGGUCUUAGAGAAUAUUCGAGGUACAUUAGUUUCAACCACCCCUACAGUCAUGAAAGGCCUCUUCUAGGCCACCUCAAGUUCUUUCCUUGGGUUGUAAAUGAGGGUUAUUUUAAGGCAUGGAGACAAGGCAGAACUGGGUACCCUUUGGUGGAUGCUGGGAUGAGGGAGUUGUGGGCCACUGGUUGGCUGCAUGAUCGGAUACGUGUUGUAGUUUCCAGUUUCUUUGUGAAGGUUCUGCAGCUUCCUUGGAGAUGGGGAAUGAAAUAUUUCUGGGACACCCUUUUGGAUGCUGAUCUUGAGAGUGAUGCUCUUGGUUGGCAGUACAUAUCUGGUACACUCCCUGAUGGUCGUGAAUUUGACCGAAUAGAUCAUCCGCAGUUUGAGGGCUACAAAUUCGACCCCAAUGGAGAAUAUGUGCGACGCUGGCUUCCAGAACUUGCGAGAUUACCUACUGAGUGGAUACAUCAUCCUUGGAAUGCACCAGAGUCAGUGCUCCAAGCUGCUGGAAUUGAGCUAGGAUCGAACUAUCCUCUUCCAAUUGUGGGAAUAGAUGCCGCAAAAACCAGAUUACAAGAGGCACUAUCAGAAAUGUGGCAACUAGAGGCAGCUUCAAGAGCUGCAAUGGAAAAUGGGACUGAGGAAGGACUUGGAGACUCUUCUGAAUCAAUUCCUGCUGCUUUUCCUCAAGACACUCAAAUGGAGGAAACUCAUGAACCUGUUAGGAACAAUCCCCUUCCUGUUGCUCGGCGCUAUCAGGAUCAGAUGGUUCCAAGCAUCACUUCAACCCUGCUGAGAAUAGAAGAGGAAGAAACUACUUCUGAUCUUAGAAACUCAGCAGAAGAGAGCAGCAGAGCUGAAGUGCCAAUAAAUGUAGAUGCACAACAGAACGCAGAAGUUGCAUCGAACGAACGGAUGUUGGAUACUGCUUAUAGGAAUACACAAGUACAAUACAACACUACAGUAGAGCUGAGAAAUGUAGCUGAAGAUUCAGUCUUAGAAUCUUCCAGUGGUACCAGGAGAGAAAGGGAUGGAGGUGUAGUUCCAGUAUGGUCCCCCCCAGCUUCCAGUUACUCAGAACAAUUUGUAGGAGAUGAAAAUGGUAUUACAAGUGGUUCAUCUUACUUGCAAAGGCAUCCUCAGUCUCACCAAUUGCUGAACUGUAGGCAGCUACCUCAGACCGGCUACAGUGAGUUUCAACUACUUGAUGAAGGCACGAAGAAAAGAGCUUUUGCCGACUACCAAGACGAACAGCAUGGACUAUCCGAGUCCAAGUACAAGUUCAAUCCUUUCUCAAUUUUGAUUGCACCGGUUGUGAUUCUGGACCCGGGAAGUGGGUUUCGUUCCAAGUUUGAAUUCAAGGUGUCUGCCAAGUGUUGUGCUGUUUUAAGGCUUCCUACUCUCAGGUAA